CCCCCGACCUACCUUCCUCCUGUUACAUACACCCAAAGGCUUGCCCCUCCUCCUCCACCCCCAACGACUACCCGUAGGCCACCACCUCCCCCCUCGACCUACCUUCCCCCUGUCACCACGACCACGACUAGGCGCCCACCUCCUCCUCCUCCUCCCCCGACAACCCGCCGCCCACCACCGCCCCCGUCGACGUACUUGCCCCCUGUAACUCAGAGGACCACGACGCCCGCCCCCGAGUACCUCCCGCCCGUCGAGAUCAACUUGAAGAAGGUCGACAAGGACAACAACUUCCAGUUUGUGUACAACCUGCCUGAGGUGUCCACGAGGAGGGUCAUCCCCACGACCACAACUACGACUCCGAAGCCUAGCAGAGACUACCUGCCCCCUGAAGACAACAUCGAAGGCCUUGAGCUGCUGCCCGAGUUCGUCAACCCACCCAAGCCCAAGCCAAAGCCCAAGGCUGAGGAUGACGGCCAGUACAACGACCCGAAUGACGACCCCACCAAGUGGAACCUGAGGGACUCUAUCCCCGGCGAGCCCGGCAAGGACUACCCCACCCUGAGAGAGAUCCCCACCACCGACUUCUCUUGCGAGGGCCGCGCUGACGGUUACUACGCCGACGUGCAGACGGGAUGCCAGGUGUUCCACGUCUGUUCCUCGCUCGCCCCGAAGAGCUCCUUCCUCUGCAACAACGGCUCGCUCUUCAACCAGGAGCGCUUCACCUGCGACUGGUGGAGUAACGUCGACUGCCCCAACUCAGACAAGAGCUUCUUCAUGAACGAUCUCAUCGGCAAGACCAUCAACGUGGCCAUGCCCACCGCGCAGAACCCCAAGCUGGACGCGAGUAGGCUGCAGUUCCAGCGGGAGUUCACCCUGUUGGAGAGCGCGGGCGGCCAAACUAGGUCAAAAUAUGAUUACAAUCUCGUUUCAAUGACACAUUUGCAUAAAAAGAAGUUUAUUGCAGCUUCUCAGCAGGACGUCAGCAUUGAGGGCGGAAACGGUGUGCAGGACUCGCAGAGCGGCGCCUCGCAGCAGCAGUCCGAGUCCCUCUUCAGGAGGAAGAGCAGCCAGCAGUCGAGCGGCAUCCUCAGCCAGCAGGUGAUCGACGAGUCGGCCGCCGAGCAGUACAAGACCGAGAAGGAGACCAAGGUGGUGCUGCUGCCGUUGAAGACGCAGCGCAUCAUCGAAGAGGAAGUCCUGGUGCCACACAGCCAGGUCAUCGAGACCAAGGUCGCCUUCAGCCCCAAGACCAACUCGAGGAGGGUCAUCUCCUCGCAGAUCAUAUCCACCACCCCGCAGAGCACUGUGUCGGAGUUCAGCAGCAGCAGCAGCAGUAGCAGCAGCAGCCAGUCGUCCAGUGAGGACGUGGUGCUGAUCCCGAGGAAGCAGUCCUCCCGCCGCGUCGUCAAGGUGGUGAAGCAGGUCGUCCAGCAGGAGGAGCCCGCCCAGCUGCAGGCCCUGCAGCCCAUCGACGAUGAGCAGAUCGUCGAGGCCGACAGCAGCAAGGACUUCGGCGCGAGGCUCAAGCCCAGGAGCGCCAGCAAGGAUCUCCUCGCCCAGUAA